UAGAAAACAAUUUUUCAAAAGAUUAUUCUUAAUGAAAAAAGUACAGGGUCUGGUUGUGGGGGAAAGUGAACAAAAGAAAGACGAACGGAGUUUAGCGGACGGCAAAAUCAAGCGAAGUAAGAUGAGGGAUCUGCAAAAGGUUGGGAAACUCUGUUGGAGAUGGAAGCUUAGCACCAGGUAACAAGGCAUCAUGGUUUACUUCGAUUCCCACAUCCCUGCUAGGAUUUUGCAUUCGUCCCGAAGCAGCCAAGGCCACGACUACAAAGGAGAUAUUUUCAAUACUUGAAUCACACCAGAUUCUGCUAAAAGAAGCCGUGAUAAAGCUGCAGGAGAUACAAAAUAUUGAGCAAGGAAAACAAAGGAUUUCCCAAGAUAUUGCCUCCAAGAACUAUUCAAUGCAUGCCUUUGCAAGAAAAUUGAGAGAUGCCCACUAGAUUUUGGGCCAAACCCUAGAAGAUUAUGAAAGCUACAGGAAAGGAAAACGAACAAAAACAUCAAGUUCAACUGUAGAUGAUCUUGUGGGUCUUGGUGAUUUGAAAGUGUCUGAGAUUAUCAGUUAUGCCCAUUGAAUAAGCUACACAACAUUUGCAUCUCCAGAAUUUGCUUCUGGGCAAGCUCCGCUCAGGGGUGCAAUACCACCUGCUCCUCGGGAGGAACAAGUGAGAGCCUCCCUAUAAUAUCAAUUUGCAGACCUUAAUGUUGGAUAUUCCAAAAGAAACAAUCAUAAAGGCAUUGCCUGUUACAAUUUUGGAACCUUCUCCAGAGUUCAUGACUGACAAUCCUAAAUUACUAGAGGAUAUACCUGGUGUGCCUGUGCCAGCAAUGCCAUCUGGAUGGAGACCAGGGAUGCCCAUUGAACUGCCACCUAUGCCACCCGGAUGGAAGGCAGGGGAUCCAGUUCCAACACCACCUCCUGGUUGGAAGCCUGGAGAUGCUGUGGUUCUUCCAAAGCCACAAGAACAAAUGCAGGUGCCACCAAUGCCAAUUGCUCCUGCCAAGCCCAUUGUAGAAGCUAUUCAAGUGCCCUUUGUGCAACUUGAUAUCAAUCCUGAUAGCAGGGCAGAGCAGCUGAGUACAACAGUGAAUACUCGACUGAAGAUGGUAGUUCAAAGAAAGAGGAUGAGAACUAAGAGUAAGAAUUCCCUGUUUGAUUAAAAAAAUUCAUAUUUUCUCAGGAAAAUUUGAGGUUGUUUUACAUACUUCAUACGCAAUUUAUGUUGAUUUUCUCUUGACAUUUCAGAAAAGCGAUGAUGGUCAAAGGCAGUGACAUCCAAAAAUUAGGUGUACAUUUUCUUGUAUCAUUAUCUUGCUCAAAUUUGUGAAAACUAGGCUAUAUUUAUAACAGUUUAGAGAAAAUAUU